CGUAGACCUCCACUGCACUUUGUUAUUGUUUUCAUGUGUGUUCAAAAACAAACAGAUGAUGUGAAAAAAUAAGACGUUUCAGAGUCAUUUUGGUAUGAGCAAUCGGGCAGCUUCAGCCUGACUGGUAUCAGAAAGGUACCAGUUCAUCAUGGCAGAUGCAGCAAGGAAAAAGUGGUCCUGUGAAUACUGUACGUAUCAGAACUUUGAAGCUGCUAUAAAAUGUACUCUCUGCCAUGCUUCACGAGGAUCACCACUUAUUAUUACCGACCUUCACAAUGAAGAGCAGGACAUUUAUAAAAUGGCUGUCAAAUCAGGAAACAAUAGAGAAAAUAGUGAAGUUAUUUGCUCUUCAAAACUGAAUAAGUGGAACUGUCGUACAUGUACAUAUUUGAAUUGGCCAAAAGCUGUAAGAUGUGUUCAGUGCUAUACCCCGAAAAACAAGAAGUCUUCCCCUCCUAGUGCCUCUCCUACUCAUGAAAAGGUCCCAUCUGGUCCCUUAUCAGGGGAGGCUAUAACACAGAGAAAGACACCUCCCCAUCGAGAUAUACCGUCAUCGCCAAAGGCAGCUAAUAAAACAUCUAACAAUGAUAUUAAUAGGCAAAAAACUUAUGCAAGAGUAAAAUGGAUAUGUAAAAGUUGUACUUAUGAGAACUGGCCAAGGAGUUUCAAGUGUUGUAUUUGUGGAACAAGUAAAGGAAGAACUUCUCCAGAAAUUACAAAUACUAUACUGUCUUGUGAAAACAGUCCAACUUCUGGAUCACCUACUGGCUCGGGUUGUGCUUCAGGUGUUCAAACCAGUUUAUCUGAUACCAGUUUGGCCACUGCUGUAAAUAACCAAGAAGACAAAUCAAUGGAGCGUAAACUCAAACAAAUUAAAAAGCGAAUGCGAGAGAAAGAUUGGUUAUGGUUGAAUGCCUGUGUGGGAGUUGUUGAAGGUGAAGCUCAAGCUGUGGAAGCGUAUAUUGCCUCUGGUGGGGACACUUAUAGACAAUUAAGCCAGGAUGAAGCCGCUAUCCUGAAUCGGCCUAGCGCCUUCCAACCUGGAUAUACAUUAGUACAUUUAGGUAUAAGAUUCAAAAGAGAAGAUAUGUUAGCUGUGUUAUUAACCAGUACAGAGUCAGCUACAAAUUGUAAAAAAAGACUGCCAUCAAACAUAAGUCCAGAUUUAGCAGCAGAUAUCCGGCGUUUGAUAUCAGCAUCACUCAGACAGAGAAAAGGGGAAUUCCCUUGUCAGAUCAUGUCAGAAAGUGUUACAUUUUCUUUACCCACUGGCAUUAACAACUUACCCAGCCCUGUGCAAACUCAGUUGUUUGAUGAAGUCUUGGAUAAUGAUGUUCAAAAAGAAUUGGAAGAAGAUUUAGUGAUAAACUGGAGUAAAGAAUUAACAGAAAGGCUCGGCAGUAGGUUAUACGCCCUUUGGAAUAGAACUGCUGGUGAUUGUCUGUUAGACUCAGUUCUCCAAGCCACAUGGGGGAUAUUUGACACAGAUAAUACACUCAGGAAUGCUUUAUCAGAAAGUCUUAGUGAUGCUGCUAUGAUGUUCUACCCACGAUGGAAGGAGUAUGAAUCAUAUCAGGCAGAAAUGUUACAGUUUAGUCUGGAUGAAGCACAGUGGCAGAAUGAUUGGGCGUUACUACUUAGUAUUGCUAGCCAACCAGGUGCAGCUUUAGAACAGACCCACAUUUUCUGUUUAUCCCAUAUCCUAAGACGUCCAAUAAUUGUGUAUGGUAUUAAGUAUGUUAAAAGUUUUAGAGGAGAAACUCUGGGAUUUGCUCGUUUUCAGGGAAUUUAUUUGCCAUUACUGUGGGAGAAAAGUUUUUGUUGGAAAUCUCCAAUAGCUUUGGCUUAUACUAGAGGCCAUUUUUCAUCAUUGGUAACCAUGGAAAUGGUAAAAGAGGAUUUGAUUGGUGCUGGUGCUAAUGUUGAUAACAAUGAUGAUGAAUCUGUUGCCUACUUACCGGUUGUAGAUUAUGAAGGGAAAUUAUUACCUGUUCCUUUUCUCAAACAGUCCGAGAUUGGUCGAGAGGAGAGUAUUCUUCAUGAAUGGUUAGAUAUCUGUGUUACUAAGGCUGGACAUACCGUUGCUUUACAGAAGUUAGGACAAUGUCCACUAGUGGUCAAACAGAUGGUUGAAGAAUGGCUUGACCAUUAUAGACAUAUUUCUCAUCAAAUUAUACCACAGCCUGGAUCAUUGUCAUCUCAGACAUUUUCCAGUGACGGAGAAAGUGACCAAGAAUAAUGAACACCUUUGACUAUAAUUUCAUCUUUAGUCAGUGAUAAAGUGCAUUGUUUGUUUCUUAAGCUUAUUCCUAUUCAUUGUUGAAGCAGAAUUUUAGAAUAAAAUGAAAUUGUAAACUCUUUCUCCCUAUAAAAGGCUUUCAAAUUUUGAACAGCUGUUUUUGAGUUAUGAAAGAUAACUAACUGACGGUAAAGACUUCCUUAAAUUAAUGUAUAAGUAAAAUAUACCAUCUUCUUAGCUCUAAUACGAAACCAAAAUGUCUACUAUUCAGCAUUUUUGCCUCUAGUUCAGACUCCACAAUUGGCUCCGGUUCAAAUAUUGAAAGAAAACCAUGAAGUACUAGAUUUUAUAUCAAUAUUUAUAAACAGAACACUAGAAUUGUAUAAAAAUUUAGAUAAUAAGGCUGAGGGAGUACAGUAAGUGCUGACAAAUAGAAAAUACUACUGAUCCCAGUUUUUUCCCCUUUUGAAAAACAGAAUGCUAAUUUUACUUUUUUUUGGCUAUAAUAUAUGGAUAGUGAAUAAUAAGAAACCUACAAUGAAGCAAGUGUGUAAAAUUUGAAAGAAAGAUAGUAUAUAUUAAUAGUGCUAGUAAUUGCAUUAGAAUAUAAUAAAAAUUUCAAGUAAUUAUAAAGAAUUGUAAAAAAUUAUGUAUGUGUACAGGUACAUGUUUUUAUACGACCGCAACAAUUUUUUUGCGUUCGUAUUAUGGUAUGAUGUCGUCUGCCUUGUUGUCGACAUAUUUGGUGUCUGGAUAAUAACUUUAGUUUAAGUGAAUGGAUCUCUAUGAAAUUUUAUAAAAAGGAUUAAUACAUCAAAAAGAAGGUUGGGAUUGAUUUUGGGGAUGAUGGUCCAUACAGUUUUGAAAUUAGGGACCAAAAAGGGGCCCAAAACAAGCAUUUUCUACUUUCAGGAAAUCAACUUGUGUAUAAGCAUUUCAAUUGCUCUGAAAUUGUACCAUCAAUGUUUAAUACCAAAGGUAAAAGGUUUGGAUUAAUUUUGGGGGUUAUGGUCUGAAAUGUGUAGGAAUUUGGGGCUAAAAAAGGGGCCAAAAUAAGCUUUUUUUUUAGUUUCAGUCAAUAACUUGUGUUUAAGUGUAUAAAUCUCUCAGAAAUUAUACUACAAGCUUUUAUAAUUCAAAGGGAUGAUUAAGGGGGGGAGGGGGGGGAAGGUUCAAAUCAUCAAGCAACUAGGGACAAAAAAAGGGGAAAACAAGUGUUUUUCUGGUUAAAGGACAAUUUAGAAAAUUUAAGGGGGUUCGCGGGUCUAAAUCAUUAAAUAGGAUUUCUCUAUAUUUUUCUAUGAAUGAACUUUAUUUUAAAGUUAAUAGAAAAAUGAAAUAAAAAAGUGGGGUCACCAUUCAUUUGCGCUCACAAUCUGCCUUCGAAAGAAGCAUACAUUUGUGUAAAAGUGUUUUUUUUCUGUUAUAAAGUUAAUAUCGAAAUAAAAAAAGAAAUUUAUUACAGAAAUCGCUUAAGUUUUACAAUAAUUUAGUUUAAAUACAGCUUAUAUGGAAAUCAUAUUAAAAAAAUAUAGGUCACCGAUGAGUUGAAAAAGAUAUUUCAAUUUUAAAGCCAAAAAAUGGCAUUUUUCCACCAAAGGGAGAUAAUUUGGAACUUUUUCAAUGAUGUAUACAUUUUAAAACACAUCUGGGGCCAACACAAAUUGAUUGAUUUAAAUGAUUUUUGUACCAUAUGAUAAAGUAAGAACUACAAAAGGAAACAAAUAAAAUUUGUAAUGAAAAACUAAUGUUUAAUUUUUUUCUGAAAUUUUUAUACCCUCGAGCCUCCUUAAAAGCAGUGAAGGGGAGGUAAUCCAAUUUAAAUUUGAAGAACAUUCUUAUAUAUAUGUUUGAUUACUUGAUUACCUCCUUUACACUGCUUGAAAAUUAUGUGUUAAGAAAUGAUGAUUGGAUUUCAGAAAUUAAAAAGAAUUUUUCUACAAAUUUUGCUGUUGAGGGGAUUAAUAUUCAACAGCAUAAUGUAUUGCUCAAUAGCAAAAACAAAUAUUUUUUAAGUUCAUUAGACCACAUUCAUUCUGUCUCAGAAACCUAUGAUGUGUCAACUUCUUAAUCGCAAUCAAAAUUCAGAGCUGUAUCAAGCUUGAAUGUUGUGUCCAUACUUGCCCCAACUGUUCAGGGUUCAACCACUGUGGUUGUAUUGAGCUGUGCCCUGCAGAGCAUCUGGUUAAGUUUUCAAUAACUUUGUGUGUUUUUUUCAGCAUACAAAAUGUUUUCUGAAAUUUUCUGCAAAAUAUUUGUUUAGUAUUGAAUGAAAAUACUUUCAGCAGGUUAAACACUUGGUUUUUUUUUGAAUAAUUAUUAUUAUGAAACCAUUCUGAAAGUUUACAACCUUUUACACAUGAAGAAUAUCAUGGCUCAACAUUGAGAACUUUAGUAUGAAAUCCAAAUUAUUUUGUAGUGAUCUCAAGUUAUUUACAACUUACAAUAAAAAGCUGUAGACUAAUGGAAAUUGUGUCUAAAAUAAUAAAAGUGUUUUUUGUUGAGCCUGAAAAAUCGAGACAUAGCUAUCCUACAUUCCUUUGGCGUCGUGGUCAGCGGCGUCCACAAAUAUUAACUCUGUUGUUAAAGUUUUUGAAAUUUUAAUGACUUUCUUAAACUAUCCUGGAUGUCUACCAAACUUGGACAGAAGCUUGUUUAUGGUCAUAAGAUAGUAUCCAGGAGUAAAAUUUUGUAUAAAAUUCAAUUUUUUCCGUAUUUUACUUAUAAAUGGACUUACAUGGACUUAGUUUUUCUGCGGAGAAAUAUAACAUUCACUUUGUGGUUAAAGUUUUUAAGAUUUUAAUAACUUUCUUAAACUAUCCUGGGUUUUUACCAAACUUGGACAGAAGCUUGUUUAUGAUCAUAAGAUACAUGUAGUUUUCAGAAGUAAAUUUUGUAAAAAAAUAAAUCUAUUUUUUCCAUAUUAUACUUUUAAAUGGACUUUCUGCCAGGAAACAACACAUUAACUUUGUGGUUAAAGUUUUAAAAAUUUUAAUAACUUUCUUAUACUAUUUGAUUUGUACCAAACUUGGACAGAAGCUUGUUUAUGAUCAAAUGCUAGUAUCUAGAAGGAAAUUUUGUUUUCUUCCAGUUGACAUUGCAUGCAGUCUGCAGUUAAAGUUUUUAUACGACCGCAAAUUUUGAAAAUUUUUUCGUCGUAUAUUGCUAUCACGUUGGCGUCGUCGUCUGCGUCAUCGUCGUCGUCGUCUUCCGAAUACUUUUAGUUUUCGCACUCUAACUUUAGUAAAAGUGAAUAGAAAUCUAUGGAAUUUUAACACAAGGUUUAUGACCAUAAAAGGAAGGUUGGUAUUGAUUUUGGGAAUUCUGGUCCCAACAUUUUAGGAAUUAGGGGCCAAAAAGGGCCCAAAUAAGCAUUUUCUUGGUUUUCGCACUAUAACUUUAGUUUAAGUUUAUAGAAAUCUAUGAAAUUUUGACACAAGGUUUAUGACCACAAAAGAAAGGUUGGGAUUGAUUUUGGGAGUUUUGGUCCUAACAGUUUAGGAAAAAGGGGCCCAAAGGGUCCAAAAUUAAACUUUGUUUGAUUUCAUCAAAAUUGAAUAAUUGGGGUUCUUUGAUAUGCCGAAUCUAACUGUGUAUGUAGAUUCUUAACUUUUGGUCCCGUUUUCAAAUUGGUCUACAUUAAGGUCCAAAGGGUCCAAAAUUAAACUUAGUUUGAUUUUGACAAAAAAUUAAUCGGUUGGGUUCUUUGAUAUGUUGAAUCUAAAAAUGUUCUUAGAUUCUUGAUUAUUGGCCCAGUUUUCAAGUUGGUCCAAAUUGGGGUCCAAAAUUAAACUUUGUUUGAUUUCAUCAAAAAUUGAAUAAAUGGGGUUCUUUGAUAUGCCAAAUCUAAUUCUUCAUUUUUGGUCCUGUUUUCAAAUUGGUCUACAUUAAAGUCCAAAGGGUCCAAAAUUAAACUAAGUUUGAUUUUAACAAAAAUUGAAUUCUUUGGCCUCUUUGACAUGCUGAAUCUAAACAUGUACUUAGAUUUUUGAUUAUGGGCCCAGUUUUCAAGUUGAUUCAAAUCAGGAUAAAAUUAUUAUAUUAAGUAUUGUGCAAUAGCAAGUCUUUUCAAUUGCACAGUAAUGUGCAAUGGCAAGAAAUAUUAAUUGCACAAUAUUGUGAAAUAGCAAAUUUUUUUUUAAUUAGAGUUAUCUUUCUUUGUCCAGAAUAGUAAGCAAGAAAUAUCUAAUUGCACAAUAUUGUGCAAUAGCAAGAAUUUUUUUUAAUUGGAGUUAUCUUUCUUUGUCCAGAAUUAACUUAAAUCUUUGUUAUAUAUAAUAUACAAUGUAUAUUCACUUUUUACUAUCAACUGAUAAAUUUAAAUAAUCUUUACCAUUCAGUGAUAACAAGCAGUUUUUUUACAUCUUAAUAUUUUAUGAUGUAUUUAAAUGAGUAGUUAUUGUUGCAAACUCCAUUAGAAUAUUUUAAUUGAGAUUAGUUUUGGAAUACGGGAAAGGGGGAGGUGAUUAAAAAAUUGGGUUCAAUUUUUCUCAUUUGAAAUUUCAUAAAUAAAAAGAAAAUUUCUUCGAAACAUUUUUUUGAGAGGAUUAAUAUUCAACAGCAUAGUGAAUUGCUCAAAGGCAAAAUAAAUAUAUUUUAAGUUCAUUAGACCACAUUCAUUCUGUGUCAGAAACCUAUGCUGUGUCAACUAUUUAAUCACAAUCCAAAUUUAGAGCUGAAUCCAGCUUGAAUGUUGUGUCCAUACUUGCCCCAACUGUUCAGGGUUCAACCUCUGCGGUCGUAUAAAGCUGCGCCCUGCAUCUGGUUUUUAUAACAAAUUAAGGCAAGAUGUUUGUUCAAAUGUUGUUUUUUUAACUAAAAUAAACCCAUGAAAAUUAUAGUUACCUAACAAUGUUUAGGAAAAUCUUGUACACUUAAUUAACCAUGUCCUAAAUUUUCAUAAGUUCUGGAAAACAUGUUUUUCUUGAGACUGUCAUACUUUUGAAGAUUGAGCUUUACUCAAUUUGAAGUACACAGACUGUUUGUUACACAUUAUUUACUCAUAAAGAUUUACUAUAGAGGAGUCAAUUUCAAAAGGAGGAUAAUACAAGAAGAAAAGCUGGAGGUCCUAUCUCUUUUAGGUUAUGAUAUGAAGAAAGGAUUCCAUGAGUACACAUUUUGUUUGCUUAAGAAAUUUCCAUUUGAUUUUUUUCUCGCACUUCUUUACAGAAUAAAAAUUAAACUAGUACAUACUGCAUUGUACAGAUUUUUCAAUGCAUUCUGCUCAAAUAUUUAUUUUUGAAAUUUGGCAUUUUGUUUUAUAAUCCCAGGAUGGACUAGAAAUCAAAAGCAUUGCUGUUAAAAUUGGGAAAAGAGUAAUUUUGAAAAGGCUGUGGCAUUCACUGAAGGGUAUUAAACUAAUAGAAUGUUGGUUUAAAUUAUACUGAAUCAAAAGGUGCUUUGUUGUGAUAAUAAUUAGCAGAUAUAAUAUCAUGUAAAUUUAUAUAUUAAUGAUGUUGUAUUAUGAUCUCUUUAAAAUAACCAAUACAUUGGAAAUUGUCAUAAAAAAUCAUGUUUACUCUUCCUGAAUUUUUUGUAUUCAAUCAAUAACAUAAUAUUAAACCUUGAUUUAUCGAAAUAUUAUGUUCACUUAGAUACUGUUAUUGAAAAUGUUUGGUUUUUCAAUGGAUGUUUGUCUCUUGAAAUCAUAGUACAUAUUUGCAUAUUCUAAGAUUUAUUAUUACAGAGUCUUGAAAGAUGUUUAGAACAGUCCUUAGGUUUUAAUGCUUCAUGAAUUAUCUCUGAAACUGUAAUGACUUCAAUUGUUUUCUUUCUUAAUCUCAGGGUUACUAGAAUUAUUUUACUUUUUUUAAUAAAAGACAGGUUCUGUAGUUAUUCCCCUUAGUUUUGAGUUAUCUCCCUUAUUAACAUCGAUCCCAUUCAUUCAGGUAUUAUGCCUUUCUUAUGGAUUGUUUAUAACUGUUACAGGGUCAAGUUUUUGUUGUUUGUUGUAUUAUAUAUCACACAUGUUGUAGAUAAUAUCACUAAUGAAUUGUAUGAUAUAUUUGUUAUUAUAUGAAGACGUUUUUUCUCGUUUGAAAAAAUCAUACCGAAACAAGACAAUUUAAAAGUUCAAUGACAAUGUGAUUGCUAUUUUAAUUGCAGUUUCCCUUAUUUUAUUUACCAAAAAGCUUGAAUUUCUAUACCUGAAAAUUAAAGAAGGAAGUUUGCUUCUUUUUUUUAAGUAAAUUGUUAAAAUGAAAAUUACUACUUCUUAUAAGAAAUGAAUAUGAAAAAACUUUCAGCAUUUUUUUGCAUUAAAGAUUCAGCAGGUUUGAAAUAAUUAAAAGAAAAACUAUUUUGUUUGCUUUUGUUUUGUUAUUAAUUUGCUAACUUGGUGAUACAGUUAUAGUCUUGUUUUUUUCACCUCUUUUAUUUAGUGUUUUUUCUGUGAUAUCAAAACUAUCAAGGUCUUUUUAUUCCCCAUAAUUUAUGUACCUUUAAAGACUUAACUAUUUUAUAUUAAAGUAGUAAUAGAUUUAUUUAUAAGUUUUAUAUAUAUUAAGGUACCAAUAUUAUUAUAAGAACUUUUUUUUUGGUACAAAGUAAAUUUGAAUUUACAAUCCAUUAGUUAGAAGUGAGGAUACAUUCAGUGUAUACAGCUUUUCUUUUGUCAUGAUUUUUAACUAAAAUGUAAUGUCAGUCUAGCUGUGUUUCAUUAACCCAAACUAUAAUUUAUUAAUUAACAGUGCUUUACAAUUUUUGUUAUUUUGCCAAUUGUGCUUAUGUAUAGGUGCUAUUUGUUGUUUAUACAUGUAUAACUAUCUUAAAGGGAAAGUAUAUUCACUUAUCUUGUUCAAACUAUGGUAUUUUUUAACCUAGUAUUAAACAAGAUUGAUUUAACCAUUAUAAGGAGCAGUAGUAUAAAUGUCUUAAUUUGGAUGAAACAGGGUUAAAAUAAGGUCAAUACACAACAAACACCGUGUAAAACUGGUAUGAAGGUGAAAUGGGCAUACAUGAAUUUUUUACCACAGCUUCACUGAAUCAUUUAUCAGUCUAGCUGUGUUUCAUUAACCAAAUUUACAUAUGAACAAUAUAUUUGUUUUUUCGGAUGCAAAUAUACUAGAUCUUAAAAUCAAUGCAUCUGUAAUGCUGUCUUAUACAUUUUGUAAAAUCUAUUCCAUUUUGUUUGUUCUAAACUAUCAUAUAAGUCUUUUUUUGUUUUUCUUAAAGUGAAUUUCUUAACUGGGUUUAUUUAGCCUCUUUGCAAAUUUUGUAGUAUGAAAAAAGGAUAUUUACACAGGUUGAUUUUUGUUGAGCCUGCAACUUUUGUUGCAGAACGCUCGACAUAGGGAUAGUGAUCCGGCGGAGGCUACAGCGUCGUUAGCUAACUUCUUAAAAGCUUUAUAUUUUAGAAGGAAGAAGACCUGGAUGAUUCAUACUUUGUAUAUAGAUGCCUCAUGUAACGAACUUUCCGUCAGUCACAUGUCCAAUGUCCUUGCCCUCAUUUUCAUGGUUCAUUGACUACUUGAAAAAAAAGUUAAGAUUUUUUGUAAUGUUAAAUUCUCUCUUAUUAUAAGUAAUUGGUAAACUAUAUUUGGUAAGUGCGUACCUUGCAAGGUCAUCAUGCCGUUAGACAGUUUUCACUUGACAUAGACCUCAUUUCAUGGAUCAGUGAACCAGGUUAAGUUUUGGUGGUCAAGUCCAUAUCUCAGAUACUAUAAGCAAUAGGUCUAGUAUAUUUGGUGUAUAGAAGGACCGCAAGGUGUACAUGUCCAACUGGCAGGUGUCAUCUGACCUUGACCUCAUUUUCAUGGUUUAGUGGUCAAAGUUAAGUUUUUGAGUUUUGGUCUAUUUUCCUAAUACUUUAUGGAUUAGGUCAACUAUAUUUGGUGUAUGGAAAUAUUUUAUGAUCUAUAUGUCUGUUACGCAGGUUUUAUUUGACCUUGACCUCAUUUUCACGGUCCAUUGCUAAGUGUUAAGUGUUUGUGUUUUGGUCUGUUUCUCUUAAUUUAUAAGCAAUAAGUCAACUAUAUUUGUUGUAUAGAAGAAUUUUUAGCUGUACAUGUCUGCCUGGCAUGGUUCAUCUGACCUUGACCUCAUUUUCAUGGUUCAUUGAUCACUGUUUCGUUUUUAUACGACAGCAAAAUUUGAAAAAUUUUCGUCGUAUAUUGCUAUCACGUUGGCGUCGUCGUCGUCCGAAUACUUUUAGUUUUCGCACUCUAACUUUAGUAAAAGUGAAUAGAAAUCUACGAAAUUUUAACACAAGGUUUAUGACUACAAAAGGAAGGUUGGGAUUGAUUUUGGGAGUUUUUAUCCCAAUAUUUUAGGAAUUAGGGGCCAAAAAGGGACCCAAAUAAGCAUAUCUUUUUUUUUCGCACAGUAACUUUAGUUUAAGUAAAUAGAAAUCUAUGAAAUUUUGACACAAGGAUUAUGACCACAAAAGGAAGGUUGGUCUUGAUUUUGGGAGUUUUGGUUCUAACAGUUUAGGAAUUAGGGGCCAAAAAGGGGUCCAAAAUUCAACUUUGUUUGAUUUCAUCAAUCAUUUAAUAAUUGGGGUUCUUUGAUAUGACGAAUCUAACUGUGUAUGUAGAUUCUUAAUUUUUGGUCCUGUUUUCAAAUUGGUCUAAAUUAAGGUCCAAAGGGUCCAAAAUUAAACUUUGUUUGAUUUCAUCAAAAAUUGAAAAGAAUCCUUGGGGUUCUUUGAUAUGCCAAAUCUAACUGUGUAUGUAGAUUUUUAAUUUUUGGUCCUGUUUUCAAAUUGGUCUACAUUAAAGUCCAAAGGGUCCAAAAUUAAACUUAGUUUGAUUCUGACAAAAAAUUGAAUUCUGGGGGUUCUUUGAUAUGCUGAAUCCAAACAUGUACUUAGAUUUUUGAUUAUGGGCCCAGUUUUCAAGUUGGUCCAAAUCAGGAUCUAAAAUUAUUAUAUUAAGUAUUGUGCAAUAGCAAGAAAUUUUCCAUUGCACAGUAUUGCGCAAUAGCAAGAAAUCUUUAUUUGCACAGUAUUGUGCAAUAGCAAGUCUUUUCAAUUGCACAGUAUUGCGCAAUAGCAAGAAAUAUCUAAUUGCACAAUAUUGUGAAAUAGCAAAAAAAAAAUUAAUUAGAGUUAUCUUUCUUUGUCCAGAAUAGUAAGCAAGAAAUAUAUAAUUGCACAAUAUUGUGCAAUAGCAAGAAAUUUUUUAAUUGGAGUUAUCUUUCUUUGUCCAGAAUCAACUUAAAUCUUUGUUAUAUACAAUAUACAAUGUAUAUUCACUUUUAACUACUGACUGAUAAAUUAAAAAACAAUCUUUACCAUACAAGCAGUUUUUUUACAUCUUGAUAUUUUAUGAUGUAUUUAAAUGAGUAGUUAUUGUUGCAAACUCCAUUAGAAAUUUUAAUUGAGGUCAGUUUUGGAAUAAGGGAAAGGGAAAUGUGAAAAAAAAAUUUGGGUUCAAUUUUUCUCAUUUGAAAUUUCAUAAAAUAAUGAAAAUUUCUUCAAACAUUUUUUUGAGAGGAUUAAUAUUCAACAGCAUAGUGAAUUGCUCUAAGAGAAAACAAAAAUUUUAAUAGAUAUAGGAAGAUGUGGUGUGAGUGCCAAUGAGACAACUCUCCACCCAAAUAACAAUUUAAAAAGUAAACCAUUAUAGGUUAAAGUACAGCCUUCAACAUGGAGCCUUGGCUCAAACCGAAGUUCAUUAGAACACAUUCAUUCUGUGUCAGAAACCUAUGAUGUGUCAACUAUUUAAUCACAAUCCAAAUUUAAUGCUGGAUUCAGCUUGUAUGGUGUGUCCAUACUUGCCCCAUCCGUUUAGGGUUCAACCUCUGUGGUCGUAUAAAGCUGCGCCCUGCGGAGCAUCUGGUUUUAAUAGAUCAAAUGCACAAUUCAAAUCUUAUUCUGAAGUAAAUUAUAAGGUGGUAAGAGAAUAUGUAGUGAAUAAGUUGAGGAGAAGAUUUUUUUUCUGCUAUUUAAGAUUGUGAAUUGCAUGAUAUGUCCCCUUCAAGGUAAUAAUUUUUAUUGUGUAUUUUUCCCCAAAUUGUUUGAUUUUUAUAAAAACAUUUUAUUAUAUGAAUUUAUAUCAUAUGAUACGUAUUUUAUUUGACCCAAGAGGCAUUUAGUAUUUUCUUUUUAAAGAUUGAAAGAUAUUUUCACUUUAGUAACUACAUUUGAUAUCAAUUAAGUCAGUACAAUCUUUUUGUAGAACUGCUAACAACUGUUUAAGAAGUAGGUUUUAAGAUUUAGAAGCAACUAUCAAUAUAACAAAGGACUCUUUCAAUUGAUGAGUGUGGGUUAAAGAAUUCAGCUGACUGCUGGCAAUAGUGAUGCCUGGGUACAAAGUGUUGGAUGUGUGAAACUUCUGACUUUGACAACAAAAACCAUUAGAAUUUAAUAUAUAAAUGUUCCCCUGUUCUAUGAGAUAAAUUGGCCAUCAGGCAUUGUGAUCCACUUCUUUGAAGAAUUGUUUUCCCAAGGCUGUAUAUUUUAUUGAGGGAUGCAUUUACUUCAUUGAAAACCAAGGCAAAAAGCUGGGGUUAAAUCAGUGAUGUGUAGUGAUUAUUAUAGCUUGAACUUUACAUGUGCAAUAAUAUGAUAAAUGGCCUCGUAGAUUUAGUAUCCUGAGUUAUUGUUUUUUUCUAUGAUUCAGAUAGAACCUAGUCUGUAAUUACAGUCAAACCUGUGUAAAUUUCUUUUGUAGGUAGUGAUUUGCUAAUUAGUGAUGUCCUUUUUGGUAGUUUUGACUGUUUAUUUAAAUUUUAGAUGCCAUUUAUAUUCUAAGAAAUUAUGUAAAAGAUGAACACUUUAGAAUAAAACUAGUUUUGUGAAGGGGACAAAACUUCUUGAUGUUUGAUCUCUAGAUAUAAUAAUUUCAAAGCUUAAUGUAAAAUUAUAAGUUCUGUGUUCAGGUAAUCUGUAGGUUGUAUAGUAUAUUAUGAAACCAUAUUUUAUGUGUCUGAAAAUAUUCAGUAAUAUUAUUCAUAGAAUUAAACACAUUGUUUUCCAAUUAAAGAUUUUAUCCAA